CUGCAGUCAACAUUGGAUAGGGUCGGAGUCAUCGAGAUGUAGAGCGGCCAGUACUUUGUAAAAGAAUGUCACGUUUCCGUUGGAACGGAGAGAAGGGUGAGCAUUGCAGACCUACUCGAGCGAUCUUCAAGGAGUGACGAGUAACUGCGAUCCUCCUGGCAAUGGUACUUAUAUCGGUGCAAGAAAAUAUUCCAAAGCCAACUCUGAAGACUACCUAGCGUCAUAAAUAUGUCUAAAGCAAGAGACGUCUGAGUCUAAAUAUGAUACGAUACGUUGGGGAUCUCGAACAAUUGUGAUGAACAGAAUUUAUGGUCUGUCCUUACUCCUGGGCAUACGUUCAAUCCAAGUAAGCGCAACCUUCCAAGCUACCGCCGUAACGUUGUUUAUCCUCUACCACUGCAAACCGCAGCGAUUUGGCAUCUAUUCGAAGCGGAGUCCACUUCCAACACGACAGUUUGACAGUAUCAAAAUCGCAAACACGUCUCGUUUAACGGCGUGGCUGGCCAUACGCGCCGUCCAUGCGUCGCCGACCUGAGUGGCAUGGACUUAUCUCUGUUCACAAAUGAUAGUUAGUGAAUGUCUUUUCAAAGUAAGGACGUCUCACGCGAUAGAUAUAUUAGGCCUAGAGCCAGCAUAAAUGCAGUCCAUUUUCACAGCCGGCAGCGAGUGAUCACUCGUCCCUAUUUGAAAACGUCAAUGCACUAUCCUCGUGGUCAUACAAACACUCUACCAGCGUGACAGUACGGAAUUUC